AUGUCGGGGAAAGGGAAGACAAUUCAACCCAAAAUUCUGUCGAAAAACACCGACCGAAAACGAAAGUUCACCGAAAAGCCGAAACCUCUUGCCAAGGUGAUCCCAAAAACAACUUAUACAAAAUCAAUCCACACCACUUCUGUUGGGACAAAACGAAAGUCCAACGGAUUUUCUAAAACCAUCGGAGGAUACAAAGUUCACAUCCCCCCAUUUCUGAGGAAAAAGAGCGCUGAAAAACACGUUGAAAAACUUUCAGAAAAACAUUCUGAAAAACAUUUUGAAACACCAAAACCAAUUCAACCCAAAAUCGUAAUACCAAUGGAAACUAUUGAUAUUAGUAAAGAAACGAAUAAAGAAACUAUCCCAAUGGAGGUUGACCUGAAUGUCUCGAAAAUCGAUGCCAGUGGAAUUGGAAUCAAAAGUGAACUCCCAAUCGAUUUGAACCAACCGACUCAUCUUGAAGUUUCGAACGUUGAGAGCACAAUCAUCACACGGAAAUCAACAAUCACAAAAAUCACGGAUAUAGUUCAAAAUCAAAAUCUCAUCGAAAAAGAAGAAGAAAAAAGUAUCAAAAUUCCCGUCUUCACUAACUUUAACGCACAACUUCCCCUCGCAGAACUUUCCGACGAAGAAAAGGAAAAAAUACGACGAAAGAAAAGAAGAAGCUCGUUGACCCCUCUUGACAGCGUGGAUCUCAAAAAGGAGAGGUUGUCAUCACAACUCUCCGCACCACCAAAAGUCGACUUACAAAAAUACAGAGCGUCGUUCUCGGCACGACAAAAGAGAGAGUCGGAGAUUGCAAAGUAA